AUGGUGGUGAAGAAAAUUCGAAAGACAGCGUCGCAUAGUCGCAAUGGUAAACAUUGGGACCGGAUCUUUUCUAAACCACGAGUCUGCGAUGAUCAUCCUGUUCAUCAAGAUCGGUCAGAUAUUAAUCAAACAAACGACACAGAAUCGGAGCCCUUGGGUGGAAACAACGAAGUAUCCGAGCGGGAAUUAAUUACCAAGCUUCUCGGGAGCUUUGAAGUAUCCAAUGUUUCAUACAUUUCUAAACUGACACCAAGUUUUGUCUGUGCCUUGGCUAAGACAGGUUGGCAUCACCAGAUGAAGGCAUUACGUGAUGCAAUAUGGAAGCACAUUGCUCUGGAAACAUCCAUACGCGUACACAUACCGACACUAGGCUUUAUGACAUAUCAACUAGAAUUUCACAUGGCACAUCUACUUCUAAGGCCAUCAAAUCAGAAUGGAAGCUCGGUUACGGAUGACUCGAUAGUAGACCUCUCAUUUCUCGAACUAGCCAAUGCCGACGGACAAAUCGUUCCCCACUCGUUACAUCGGGGGCAUAUGACUCUGGUGAUCUGUGGUUGGAGUGAUCUCCAGUGGACAGGGUAUGUUUUUACUCAGGUUGACAACGAUGACCUGGAUAUCGAGGAAAUCGACGAAUUCAAAGGACACUUCUUAACAUCCGAGUAUGGCUUCGACUUGACCACCCCUUCACAGUCCAUCACAGUCCGGGAUGCAAGGAGAUACUGGCUACGUUUGGUGGCGCAUCGUAUCCAGUAUGUGUUGCAAAAAUGGCUUUAUCUUGUGCGAACGAUUGAAGAAGGCGUAGAGAGAUGGAAAUCACAAGACCGUUGUAAUAGUGGUGUCACUCGCGAAGCCGUGACUGCUGACGACAUUAAAAAAUCUCUGGACAAGACCAUACAAACAAUGCAGCUUCUGCGCCAGCUCCGUGACACGCUUUCAGCCACGCUCCGAGCGUACCACUAUUUCAGCCAACCACACGGCGAUAUGUGCUACUUCUCAGAUAUCACUGACUGUUUUUCUGUACAGAGUAGCAUUGUCGAGUCGUUUGAGAAACUCACGGAUCUUUCGACUAGACUUUGUUCACUCGAUGACUCUUGCAAGCGCUUUGCAACGCAUUUGGGGCGUAUACUUAAACUCGAAAACAACCGCUCGAUAAUACAAAGCAAUCGAUUCAAUCAAGAGAGCAACAUGUACCAACAGGCUAGCCACCAGCUGAACGAGCGUGUGCAUAAACUAAACGAAGAAACAUGCAUACUCAGCAAGGAUAUGCGCAGACUUAACGAAAGAAGCACAGAAGCAGCAUGUGCCAAUCAAGAAGAAGCUAUCAAAACCAGUCGCAGCACACGAGUGAAUGUCGAGUUACUACUACUCACCACCCCUCUUGGCAUGGUGCUUCAGUACUUUAGCUCUGAACAGGAAGUUUUGUUCUUUAAAAGGAGCCCCACAACAUUUGUUCUCGCGACGCUUGUUUUGAUGUUGCUCCUUCGUUUGCUGGCGUUAGUGCUUCAGUACGGAGGUACCUUACUGCGCUUCCUUUAUCGAAAGCCGUCCGCCGACCCGAUGAAUUCCCAGCCGCUGGCCCAGAAUUCGAAUACCAUCGAGCUGGAACAGGCACAGAAUGUAUGA